AUGGCAGCAGUACAAGAAAUUGCUGAUCGAACCAAGAUGGACACGAUCUAUGUCGAUACAGACGUCGGAAUUGACGAGGAGAGCGCUACUGGCACAGAAUCGAAGCCUUACAAGUCAUUGGCAUAUGCCUAUAUUCAACAUGGAGGGGCAGAGGGGAAAACAUAUCAGUCGCGUGCCUCAACGACAGGAGCUGUCAGCGCAGACGGAGACCCAGCAGAGAGACUCGUCUGGAAAGAUCCUGCAAAAGCUGCUGUGAAGAAGGCACAAGGAGCAUUGGAUGCGCACAAAAAGAAGGCAUUGAAGCAACAACAACAAGCUGCUCAAGAGGAAGAGAAAGAAAAGGCACGAUUGAAGACCUUGGAAGAUGCGAAGAAGAUUACUUUGACCGAAGACCCAUCACUACCAAAGGCCGUCAAGAUCACCAUUAGAGAAAAGGAUCUUACAUUGGGCGAGGGAGAUGUAAAGGGAACACGGGUCAAGGUUUCUGGUCGCAUUCACCGUUUGCGACAACAAAAGCAGGCCACAUUUAUUACACUUGUAGAUGGUUAUGGACAUUUGCAGUGUGUUCUUACUGCUGGAGAGCUCACGAAGACUUACGAGGCGCUUACGUUUGCACAAGGUACUUCCCUAACGAUGUAUGGAGAAAUGAAGAAGGUCCUUGCUGGUCAACAAGCACCAGAUAACCGAGAACUCCAUGUGGAUUAUUACAAGGUCAUUGGCCACAGUCCAUCUGAUGCCGAUGCGAUCACCAACCGUGUUUCUGCUCAGCAAGAUCAAUGGGAAUCUGCCAUGUUGGACAGCCGUCAUUUGGUCCUUCGGGGUGACACUGCUUCGUCGGUUAUGAAGGUUCGUUCUGCUGUUGAGUGGGCGUUUGCAAAGGCCUACCGUGAAAUGCACUUUACCAAAGUUAGUCCUCCAGCUUUCGUUCAGACACAGGUAGAAGGUGGAUCUACUCUCUUCGAACUCGAUUACUAUGGAGAGAAGUCAUAUUUGACCCAGUCAUCACAACUGUAUCUGGAGACCGGAAUCCCAAGUCUGGGCAAUGUUUACUGUAUCGAAAAGUCGUUUCGUGCCGAGAAAUCUCUCACUCGCCGUCAUCUUUCAGAGUAUACACACGUCGAAGCUGAACUAGACUUUAUUGAUUUUGACGAUCUUCUUGAUCAUUUGGAGGAGAUUAUUGGAAAAGUCAUCAACACCAUUCUCGAGGACGAGGAGAUUGCUGGCUACAUCAAAGAGCUUAACCCAGAAUUCAAGGCUCCAACAAGACCUUUCAAGCGUAUGCGAUACUCUGAUGCCAUUGACUGGUUGAACGCCCAAGACCCUCCAAUUCUCAACGAAGAAGGCAACCCACACGUUUUUGGAGACGAUAUUGCCGAGGCGGCCGAGCGAAGAAUGACGGAUAUCAUUAACCUGCCCAUUCUCCUCACUCACUUCCCAGUGGAGAUCAAAGCUUUCUACAUGAAGAAGGAGGACGCUGAUCGUCGGGUAACGGAGAGUGUUGAUGUCCUGAUGCCUGGUGUCGGUGAGAUUGUUGGUGGUUCAAUGAGAAUGGAAGGCUACGAGGAACUGAUGGAAGCAUACGCUCGCGAGGGUAUCUCACCUAAGGAGUAUUAUUGGUACACGGAGCAGAGAAAAUACGGUACAUCGCCCCACGGUGGUUACGGCUUAGGUCUCGAACGAUUUAUUGCCUGGAUCUGCAAACAACACUCUGUUCGAACGUGCUGUUUGUAUCCGAGAUUCAUGGGAAGAUGCAAGCCUUGA